UUCCGGUCCGAACGUAGCAGCUUGACGUACGGGGCUCGCUCGCCAGUUGGUCCAGGGGCUCGUGAGUGCAGCUCUUUCCGCCGUCCUGCCGCAUAUAUAGGCGGUCAACGGUCGGAGACCUCCGCGUUAAGGCAGCUCCAAAGGAGAACGUCAGGCUGUUUUAUUCCCGCAGACAUUUCAGUUCCCGCUUCCUUCUUACCACCGUGUCCCGUCACAGACUGGGGAGAAAAGAGGGGGGUCCAUCUCGGAGUGACCAGCAUGGACCCCCAAGCGAAGAGCCGCGCUGGUCCGGCGGCGAUGGCGGCGGGAGGGAGCUUCGGCGGCCGCCCGGCCUCUCUCGGAGCCGACGGGGGUGACUCAGAGUCCGGAGCGGGCUCCGAGGAGGCUGCCAUGGGCUGCAGCGACACAUUCAGCAGUCUGCCGGACAUGGAGCAGGAGUCUCUGGAGGAGAAAUUACGCGGACUGGCGUUCAGAAAGCAGACCUCGUAUCGGAAAGCCAUCUCCAGAUCAGGCCUCCAUUACCUUGGCCCGCCUCAGCCUUCGCUCCCUCCAGCGUCCAACGGACCAAACAAGGAUCUACGAACCUGCGUGGACUGGACGGAAAACGCAGGGAACGGAGAUCACUUGUGGAUGGAGACGAGUUGUUCAGGAGAGCUGUGCUACCUCGGGGAGGAUGCGUGUCUCCUGAAGACUGCGAAGUCGGCCCCCAGGAGGAAAUGCGCCGCCUGCAAGAUCGUAGUCCACACCGGCUGCAUAGAGCAGCUAGAAAAGAUUAACUUCAGAUGCAAGCCGACCUUCAGGGAGGGGGGGUCCCGAUGCCUCAGAGACAACGUACUGAGACACCACUGGGUCCACAGGCGGCGGCAGGAGGGGAAAUGUAAACAGUGUGGGAAGAGUUUCCAGCAGAAGUUCUUCCACAGUAAAGAAAUAAUCGCCAUCAGUUGUUCAUGGUGUAAACAGGCGUUCCACAACAAGGUGACGUGCUUCAUGCUGCACCAGAUCGAGGAGCCGUGUUCGCUGGGGGCCCACGCCGGAGUCAUCAUCCCUCCCUCCUGGAUCAUCAAAGUCAGGAAGCCACAGAGCUCGCUGAAGAACUCGGCCAGGAGGAAAAAACGGACGUCUUUCAAACGAAGGGCGAGCAAGAAAGGACUGGAUGACUCUAAAUGGCGUCCGUUCAUAUUGAAACCGCUUCCUUCUCCACUCAUGAAGCCCGUCUUGGUUUUUGUCAAUCCCAAGAGUGGAGGCAACCAGGGUGCCAAGCUGUUGCACAUGUUCAUGUGGAUCUUAAACCCCAGACAAGUGUUCGACUUGUCGCAAGGUGGACUAAGAGAAGCGUUGGAAUUGUAUCGCAAAGUGCCAAACCUGCGGAUCCUGGCCUGCGGUGGAGACGGCACAGUGGGGUGGAUCCUCUCUGCUCUCGAUGAGCUGCAGAUGAAUCCCCAGCCUCCGGUCGCUGUACUUCCUCUGGGAACAGGAAAUGACCUCGCCAGGACGCUCAACUGGGGCGGGGGUUACACAGACGAGCCGGUGUCGAAGGUUUUGUGUCACGUUGAGGACGGUUCGGUGGUGCAGCUCGACAGGUGGAACCUGCUGGUGGAGAAAACUGGGGUCCAGCCAGAAGAAGGCACUCAGAAGCUUCCUCUGAAUGUUUUCAACAACUACUUCAGCCUCGGCUUCGAUGCUCACGUCACGCUGGAGUUCCACGAGUCCAGAGAGGCCAACCCAGAGAAAUUCAACAGUCGCUUCCGCAACAAGAUGUUCUAUGCUGGCGCUGCAUUCUCAGAUUUCCUCCAGAGAAGCUCCAGGGACUUGUCGAAGCACGUCAGAGUGGUGUGCGAUGGAACGGAUCUAACGCCCAAAAUCCAGGAGCUCAAGUUUCAGUGCAUCGUGUUUUUAAACAUUCCCAGGUACUGUGCCGGCACCAUGCCGUGGGGAAACACCGGAGACCACCGAGACUUUGAACCGCAGCGCCACGACGACGGCUGCAUCGAGGUCAUCGGCUUCACCAUGGCCUCUCUGGCGGCGCUACAGGUCGGCGGUCACGGUGAGAGGCUUCACCAGUGCAGAGAAGUCGUUCUCACGACUUACAAGACUGUACCUGUUCAGGUGGACGGUGAGCCGUGCCGACUGGCUCCUUCCACUCUGCGCAUCUCCCUGCGAAAUCAGGCCAACAUGGUCCAGAAGAGCAAGAGACGCACGUCAGUGCCGCUGCUCAACGAUAUUCAGAAGGUGUGUGCAGCUGAUCUGCGCCGCCUCUCUGCUCCCCCCGACUCCUUCUCUGUCCCUCACGCGGUUCCGGACCGGCUGCGGCUGCGAGUGAACCGGAUCAGCCUGCAGGAGUACGACAGGCUGCAGUACGACAAGGAGCGACUGCGAGACAUCUCGAUCCCAGUAGGCAUUGUGGUUGUGAGAGGCGACUGUGACCUGGAGACCUGCAGACUUUACAUAGACAGACUACAAGAGGAUUUACACCAGGCGCCAUCUACUGGCCACAGAGUGCACUACCAGGAUGAAAUCAGAGGCAUCCCCAUCACCAGUUCAACCAGUAGACUGUCUGCUAACUGGAGCUUCCUGGACUCGACGUCAGCUGAUCGUUUCUAUCGCAUUGACAAAGCUCAGGAGCAUCUUCAUUUCGUGACAGAAAUAUGUCAGGACGAGGUUUUCAUCCUGGACCACGAGGGACCAGUGGGGAGCCAGGCGUCGUCGGCUGGGAUGCCAGAUCUGGUGGUCGAACCUGCUGCAGGGGCUCCUCUGACACCUGAUGAACAAGCUCUUCUAUCUGCGGCCAGUACUGGAGAUCUUCUAUUGCUGACGGACAGCGUACGUCGAGGAGUCAGCUUGUUGGUGAGAGACUCCGCCGGUUGUUCUGCUUUACAUCUAGCUGCCCAGAACGGACACACAGAUCUGGUCAGCUUCAUCCUGCAGCAAGGUUCAAAAGUUCUCCUGGAUUUAACAGACAGAGACAAGGGGGAGACCGCCUUGCACAAAGCUGCCUCAGAGAAGCAGCAUGCAGUGUGUCGGAUGUUGGUGGAGGCCGGUGCUUCGCUGGAGAAGACAAAUUUCCAGGGGAAGACGGCGGCGGACCAAGCAGCAGGAGACUCUGAGCUCGCCGUCUUCCUGAGCUCCCAGCACCAGACGUCAUCCGGCACCAACGAAGACCUGGAGACGGCCGUCUGAGGCGCCGACGCUCCUCGCUCUCUCCCGCCGGACUCUGGACUCCGUACCGGCCCGGAGCAGAGAGAACCCGGGAGGGAAGUGUCACACCUGUGCUGGAUUUCACUCCGCAGGCGCACAGGUGAACCAGGAAACGAACUGCCUCCGAACGCGGCAGCAUUGCAGCAGAGAUUUUAACGCUCUAUUUAUUUAUAUUUAUUUAUUCUAUUUAUUGGUUGUGCUGGUUGAUUGACUUUUAAAAAUUGCAAGUGCAAUUCGUCUUGUAAUGGAGUUGUUUUGGUCAUUUUUUGCAACUAUACUAAGUCUGGAAAAUGAUCAGGAUUGCGAUCAAAGCAGAAUAUUUAUCCCAUAAACCUGUGUGCCAAAGACAUUACACUGUUGUGGUGUCAUAUCUAAUCCAAAUAACCACCGUUUCAUGAAUCCAGGUUGGAUUUCCAGGGCGUGAACUCAAACCUGUGUAAUGUUUUCACCCGAUGAGUCACAGAUCAUUGUGACGCAAGUACAGAAACCAAACUGCAGCGCUCCAUUUCUCCCAAACAAAGUUCCUCUAGGAAACAACGGAGAAUGUUAUCAGAAGUUAUUUAAAAAAUGUUUUAAGCAAAAGGUGUUUAAAACAUUUAUUCUCCUUUAAAAACGAGUCAAAGCAGCCAUCUUGGGAACUUCCCGGUGGAGCCACAGAGUUUGUUUUUGAGUGGAAAGUGGAGGUCACAUGUUUGAUGUGAAACAAUCACCACAAAUCUUCUCUGAAGCAAAACAACAAACUAAAACAAGUGAAUGUAGCUCAUCUGUAACAGAACCCAGGCUUCAUUUUGUGCUGGUCGUCGUGUUCGUCCGUCCGUCUGUCUGGAGUCAAACCAACAUCAUCAACACGACUGAACUUGUCCGUUUUACGAACACAUUGACCUUUGACCCAGUUGUACAUGGAGGCGUUAAUAAACUGAGCUCUUCUGUGAUGUUAGAAACAAAUCAUCCACAUGUGCAGACACACCUGGAAAAAUGCUGAGAAAACCUUUAGGAAAAUUUCUCUCUUAUUGCAGCAGCUUCAUUUUGCACUGGGAAAAAUCUGACAUUCACAAAUGUAUUCAUUUUUCCUUAAGUGUGAAAAAUGAAUUUAUCCAUUUUAGUGUUUAUUUGGCAAUAAGUUUGGCUCAUUAUGAUACUAAAUAAACCUUUUUCAGUUUUCUGUCAGAUUUUAAUUUAAAAAUGGCCUCAUGUUACAAUAGUUUGUGUUUCUUGGGGCUUUAAGGAGAGAAACUCUCUCUUUGUUUAAUUAACUGUAAACAUCAGGUCGUUUUUCCACAUAUUGAAUGUUUAUUUAAUCUUCCAGGUGAGAUCCUGAUAGAGUUGAGCGAACUCCAUAUGUGUCUUUUUGUGAUUGUGAUUUCCAAGCCAGUGGAAAUCACUCCUCGCAUGGAGUCAAGAUAAAUGUUUUUUUUGUCGAGGUCAGGCUGCUCUGUGCUUCUUACUCAUGGCCGACUGCAGACUUGGACCAAGUUAAAAGCACAAUUGUGUUUUUAGAACCAUGUCCUGACUUACAAAGAGCCACAGACGCAUGUUUUCUUCUCCUUCUGUGAUUCAUUAAACCUGAGAGAAACUGCAAGUCAGGGAUUAAUAAAUACAAGCUUUUAUGCAUCCUAAAUGUGUGCUACUACUGCUACUGCAAUAAAAGAUAAAUGUUCUUAAAGGUUAUUUUAAAACAUCUGUACCACGGGUGUCUGGAGGUGUUGAUUACAGCUCGAACUUUUGGACCAAUAAUGCUAAAUUAAUCCCCUUUUUGCCUGAAGUAUAAAUAUUCUAAAUUGUUGCCUGUUUUUUAACACCUUUUUUAAAAACUAAAAUAUAUUAGGUGUUCUGUUUCAACAAAACACAUUCCUUAGGGUCAAAUUCACUAUUUUCUUAGCAAAUUGUGAUUGAUUUAUUUACCUGUCAAGGUAGAAAGGUGAGUAUAGGGCAGGCUGGUUGAACAUAAAAUCAGUUUCAACACACUUAUUUUUCAAAUAUCUGAAGGAUAUUAUAUUUAACUGUAAUUACAACUGUAAUUACAAAUAAAUAACAAACCCAAUGAUGUAAGUUGAGGUAUUUAGAAAGGAAUUAAAAGAUAUAAUCGAAAAUAUCUUGAAUUACCCAUUACUGAUUUUAUGCUAAAACUGCCUGCCAUCAAGACACCUGGCUAACUCACCUGAGCUGCUGAUGUUUUUCUGUUGAUCGGUGAUAAAAACAAGGAAAUAUGAGUCUGAGCAGCUUUAUUACUCACUUGUGCUUUGAAUCAAACCGAUACCUGUUGUCAUUUUUUAAUGGCUCCUCCCGAAUCAUAAGGCGUUUACAUAGAAACGUGUGGCGGGAAGCUGUGACUCAACAUAUCCAACAAAAAGAAACAAGCCUGUACAGACUAAUUUAUCCUUCAACAAGCAAAGUGUGUUUGCAGUAUUCAUCCCAAAAACAAAAAAAAGAAACCAUCUGAGUCAUAUUCAGUAGAAUAUAAAGACGUUAUUUCUUUUUUUUCUUCUUUUUUUUACAUUUUUCUGUUGUUUACAUUACAUUAAUGUUUAACACAGUCGAGCAUUUAGCAUCGGGGAGUAUUGAAUGUGCAAUGUUAGUUUGAUUUCUUCUGUAUUUUAGAGAAAUUAAACAACUUUACAAGGUUUUCUGUGAAAUGAACUAAGAUGUUCAGGAAGUUUCAUGUAUAUUUUAAUUUACUUUAGUCUCCAGAUUCCUGCUUAAAUUAACCUGAUUUUGAUCCAAAUAAAAAAGAUCUAAUUUGAAUGCCAAUGUGAUUUUAUUUAACUUAAAUAAUUGAAAGGUUCAAAGUUUUAUUUUCGUGUGAUUAAAAGUUGCAUUAUUGGCAGCCUUGGUAGAAAGCCUGAAAUAUCUUUCAUUGCAGCAGCAUAAACAGAAAUGUUAUGUUUUGGUCAAUAAUAUUUCACACACCAGGAGCAAAAACAUAUACAUUUAUGUAAACUUUUUGAUACGUUUGUUAUAAAUUGGGCUGAAUAAUUACUUUCUUAAAAUUUCCUUAUUUAUGAAAAUUCAAAUGUCUUGAAUUUGUCAUAUUUUUAUCCAAAGCCAACAUUUGCUUCAAACUGAAAUGUUUUCUAAUUUAUAUUUGUUUUUGCUAUUGAAUAAAUGUACUGAAAUUAAAAGGUGGAUUUUUGUGCUGCUGUUUUGAAAAAAAAAAAUUUUCAAUUUAAAACAUGUUUAAGUGUUUUUUUUUAAUAAUAAAAAAGGUAAAUGCUGUUUUUUUUUAACAGAGACUUUCUAAUUGCUAAUGCUGAUGAUCAGAAUCGAAUCAGACUCUUCUGUCUUCCUCCCAACAUUCUGCAACUCUUACCGGAAACUUUCUGAACUAAACUUACUUUUCGAUUAUGACAAACGUUUGUGAAAUGCGGGACUCCUCUGUCCAAUUUCCAACACAGAGCGCUUCCUUUUGGGAUUAUAGAGUAAUGGAUUUUAUGUGAAUAAAAAAAGUGACUGUGUGAAAAGGUCCAGCCUGUUCUGAACGACACAAACACAUUUCACUUGUGCAUGACGUUUUCUUACCUCUUUUGGGUCCGUUUUCUGGUUAAUAAAAUAAAAAAAUGGCAUUGUUGUUUAAAGUAUUACAUUCUUCUAGUUUUGAAAAUUAUACCUGAGUUUCAUUCGAGUUUGGGCAUGUUUUGGCGGUAUUUUUGUUCUGGUUUUACAUUUCAUUUUCCUGCUGCUGAGAUUACUUGAGGUUUAUUUAAAGAACUUGUGAUUCUUUUUGCUUCUGACCUCAUUUGCUGUUUGAGUGAAUGUUGGAGGAAAGUUGGUGAUUUCCUCAUUGAUCUGCAACAAAAGUGCUUGUCAAAGGACAUCUACAUGUAGAAGGGGCUCCACACUUCUUGAUUUGUGUUUGUAAUUCUCCAACAAGGAGCCGACUGAAAACCACUCAUGUAUCGAAGUUAUACGGUUUAGUAUGUGUACAGUAAAUAUGUAAAGAUCGUCAUUACAGUACAAAGUCCAUAUUUUGUCAAAUAAAGUACAACAAAUUUAUUUCAA